CGCACAGAUCUUUUUCCGAGGCCGUUUAAGAGCUGAGAGCCUGCCUCUAGUAACAAAAGCUGGUUCUGUAGCCCUUCGUCUUCGUUGAAUCUGUAGCAGCAGCAGACAGCUGACUUCAAUGGAAGCCAUUGGCGACGAAUUCGCAGUGGGCUGCCACAUCAACGUAAAAACGAGCUUAGGAGACGAGAUCGAAGGGCAUAUCAUCACCUUCGACAGGCCUUCCAACAUUCUGAGGCCACAAGAGGGCACGAAAACGACCGGACCCCGCCGGAACGUCCGUCUCCUGAAGGCGACAUACAUCAAGGAGGUCUCUUUCUUGGGCCAAGCAGAAGAAGAUCCCCUCGAUUUCAAGAGAUGCUUCCUCGACCUCACCACUCUCCAGUCGAGAGAGGAGUCGGCCAUACGGCAAGCAGAGAUGGAGGCUGAGAGGAUUGGCGUAGGAGUAACGAGUGAAGCCCAGAACAUUUUUGAUGCAUUGUCUAAGACGCUUCCAGUUCGUUGGGAAAAGACUGUCAUAGUCGUGAUGAAUGAAGUGCGUGUGAGCAGUCCGUACUUCCCUGAAAAUGUAAGCGGAGGAACUCCAGCUGCAAAUGAUCGGGUGAAGAAAGUGCUUGAGUUGGAAAGGAAGAGAUUGCAUUCUCGCACUCCUGGCCAGUGAUGGCUUCUUCAGAGAAGUUAUAGGCUCCUGAUAGAACCCACCUGAAAAAGUGAUGAAACUGGAGAGUCAAGCUCAGCAUUUUGGUGGCAGAUUAUCUUGGUUGGCGUUGUUGUUAUCUUGGUAUGUACAUCUCUCAUGAUACUCUAGCAUCUUUAUACUUUUGACAAGGCAAAUGAUGAGAAAAGCUUGUAAUGGUCCAAUUAGCCGCUUGUAGAACGGCUAGAAACGACUCAAUCUUUGUUGUGCUUUCAACAGUAGCACGCCUGCCAAUGAAAUGAGAUCAUUAGACUCUA